CUCCAAGUGCUCGCAACCUCCACCAGCGAACGGUACACCUGAAGCGUUGCCCAUUCAAGGCCAUCUAGACGAAAGAGCGGGCAAGUCUGGAGAAGCCUUACACCGUAUAGUAUUAAUUUCACUGAAAUCUUAAGAUGUAUUCAGCAAACAUUUGGAUUGUUUUAGUAUAUUCUUGUACUUUGAUUAUUCGAAAUAUUGUUGUGUCUUCAUUUAAUAUAACUUCAGAUGUAAUAUAUUGCAACAAUACAAGUUUAUAUCAAAUAUCAGUUAAGAAUCAAACACAUACAUUAUGGUAUUUAAUAUCUGCCAGUCAACAUCAUCCGCCUUCGCUAAUAUUAAUACACACUACUGGAGAAUCUAAAGUCAACGUGGAUUGUUCCAAAUUUGAUGAUAAUAAUACGUUAAACUAUAGGCAUUCAGUUUCAGUUAAUAAUUCUAUCCAAUCUUACGGAUUAAUAUUACAUAGGAUAAUUCGUUAUCGUGAUAUAAAUGAUGAAACAAUUGCUCCUGACACAGGAAGUCAAACAGAAACAUUUUUAGGAAGUAAUUUAAACUGGAAAAAUUCAUCAUUUAAGAAUGAUUCAAAUAAUGAUCAAAUCAGUAUCGAAUUCGAAGCUACACAAUCGUUAGAUUCUCAUGAGAAAAUAAACGGUGUUAUUAAAUUGAAUUUUAAAGUGUAUAAAACAGUGGAACCACGACAUAAAGAAAUGUAUUAUAGAAUUGAGAAUGCUUUAAGUAUUUUUAUUGAAUUAAUAUUGGACAAAGUGGAAGUAAUAAAUUCAAAUGAUAAUUUUUCACCUGUCGUAUUAAUUUUUUCCAAUCAUUCACUUAUGGACGAUUCAUAUUAUUGGAAUAAAACAACUAUUCAAAAAUAUUGUGAAGAUGGUCCUUUGGGCAAAAUAAAAUCACCAUUUAUCCAAUUGGGAUUGGAAGUAUCAAAAGAUAAUAAAUUAAUUCAAUCUACAUGGCCUAAUGCUUACUUACAAUUUCCUGCAGCUUAUUGGAUUGAUCGUGAAAAUACUCAAGCUCAAUUAGUACGACUUGGUAUUGCACGCCCAAUUGAUCAUCGUUAUGUUAAGCCAAAAUCAUAUCAUUUUAGUUUACCAUUCGCUUUCUACGGUGAUCGAUUUAAUCAAAUUCAUAGUCAGUCAACUGAAAAUCAAGUUGCUGUACGUGAAUUAAUUAUCAAUUUAGGCAGUCCUCAUUCGAAACAUUACUAUGCUGACACAAAUUAUUCAUCAUGGAUUGUCAUUGCCGGCCUAGGUGAUCCUGAUAUUGUACCACCAAAUGAUGAUGAUGAUGAUGACAAAAAUAAUAGCAACAAAAAUUCAAUUAUUUCAGCGUUUAUUUGUGGAUUACUGAUUAUUAUUGGCGCAAUCAGUAGUGUUUCUGUAAUACGUCGAAUACAACGUAGACAUUAUCAAAGAAUAUCUGAAUUAAAUAGUAGUCGUAAUAAUAAUAAUAAUAAUAAUGAUAAUAAUAAUAAUGAAGCUAUUAGUAGUCAUUCACGAAUAAUGGUACAAGAACUAUCAUCAAUAAAUGACAAUCGUAUAGUUGAACCAUAUCAGUAUGAAAAAUUAAUUAGUCAACCAAAUCAUGAACUAAUCAGAAAUAAUUAUCGUACUAUAACUAAUGAAGAUAAUUAUUUACCAAAUAAUAAUAUAUCUAAUGUCAAUUGGGUUAAUGCUCCACCUCCAUAUGGAUCUAUUACAAAGGAUUAUUAA